GACCUCAAAUCUGCUUUUCUUUGACUCUCUAGCGACGUAUGAAGAGUGGGAAAGAUCACAAGCAAGGGGGAGACUUUUGUGCCCAUCCAGUGAUUCUGGUGUGAGACAAGGAGCAGAUCUGACAAGCUGCUUUUCCUGUCAUCCAAGCCACCGACACCCCAGCCCCCAUGGCUUCAGCCCCACCAUCCAUAGAUGUGGAAAAAGAAGUCACAUGCCCCAUCUGCUUGGAGUGGCUGACAGACCCCGUGGUCCUGGGCUGUGGCCACAGUUUCUGCCGGGGCUGCAUCACCAGCUACUGCGAGGCAUGGGAAAGAUUGGGGGACUUGCAGUGUCCUGUCUGUAAAUUCAAGUUCCAAAAAGGGGAUUUCCGUACAAACUGGCAGCUGGCAAUCCUAGUGGAAAAAAUGAAACUCCUCCCACUAAGCCCUGGGAACAAAAGUCAUUGUUUGAGACACAAGAAAAAACUCCACCUGUUCUGCAGAGAGGAUGAAAAAUUGUUGUGUUUCCUUUGUGAACGAUCCCCAGAACACCAAGGACACACAGUACUUCUCCUGGAAGACGCUGCUCAGCAACAAAAGGAUAAGAUCUUCAGUUGUUUGGAGACUUUGAAUAAUGAGAGAAAGAAAAUUCCAAUAUAUACAGAAAAGGCUAAAGAUGAAAGCCGAAGAUUGCUUAAAAUAACAGAAUUGGCGAGACAAGAGGCAGUGGCUGGGUUCAGAACACUACACCAGUUGCUGAAAGAACAAGAAAAACGUCUGCUGACCUGGAUAGAAGAAGUGGAGAAGGAGGUAGCCAGAAAGAUGGAUACCUACCUGGCCACACUUUCUAAGGAACUCUCUUCACUGGAAAACCUCAUCUGGGAGAUGGAGAAGAAGCAACAGCAGGAAGCGAAUGAACUCCUGCAGGAUGUCAGAAGCACCUUGCAGAAGUAUGAGAAGAAGGAGACGUUUGUGAAUCCAAAGGCUUUCCCUCCUGAGCUGAAAUGGAAGCUCUGGGACUGCUGCGACAGCUCCUUUCUGGGGAAUACCAUGAAGCAGUUAAAAGACAGCCUGGCUCGUCCACUUCUGAAGCAAAAAGCAAUGGUGACUCUGGAUCCAGCCUCAGCUAGUUCCCAUGUUGUCCUUUCUGGGGACUGGAAAAGCAUGAAGAGGCAAAGCACAGCUGAAGACUUAUCUGAAGAUCCUGAGAAACACUAUGACUUUGUGCUGGGCCGUGAGAGAUUCACAUCAGGCUGCCAUUUCUGGGAAGUUGUUGUGGGAAGUGAGGACGGCUGGGCUGUGGGGGUGGCCAGAAAGUCUGUGAGGGGCAGAGUCAGUUUGACUCCUGAGGAAGGGAUCUGGGCUGUGGGGAGGUGGAAGGGCCAGUACAAGGCUUUCAUAAAGGGCAAGGACCCUCCCCUGCCACUGAGGUGGGAGCAAAAUUGCAUCCGAGUGCAUCUGAACUACGCUGGGGGGCGAGUGGCCUUUUUUGAUGCUGACAGAGCAGCUCUUCUCUACGAGUUCUCUGGAGCCUCCUUCUGUGGUGAGCCCCUUCAUCCCUUCUUUGCUGUGUAUGGUGAUGGAUACUUGUGGAUCCAUUUUUAAGGCAGUGAAAUCUCCCUGACAGGCCCUGCUGGUGUUUGUGAGACCAGGAAGAUGAAUACAGAACAGCCAACAUGUCUUGCCAAAAAGCCCCUUUUCUGGUUC